ACAGGUCAGCUGCACGGGCGGGCGGUCACGUGUCCAAACAUGCGCGCUCUUAGCGGAAGGGAAGAAGUUUAUGAGAAACGUUAGAAGGCCGUGAAGUCUGCGGGGGAAAAAGCGGAAUAAUCCCGGGGAAGUUGUGCUAUUUGCGGUGAUUUCAGUCAGGGAGGAAGUGAGUCUUCUCCGCGCUCACAUGACUUGUUGGAGGACCCGACACAGUGCGAGGUGACCCAUGGCCGACUUGGACGGAGAAGUUCCGCGCGCCGGUGCCUGAUCGCCGCCGAGGAGAUGAUCUCGUCGCCGGACUUGCUGCCCUUCACGGGGCCGGAGGGCUUCGGGGAGGAGGCGGCGGAGGGCGACAGCGGGGGGCUGCCAGACGCGCUCUCCGUCCCGCUGCUUUCUUCCACACACCCCUGGAGCUCGACGGCCAAAUUCCACUGCGACUUUGUGCUGGUGGCAGAAUUCUCCGAGCAGGUGGGUCCAACACCUGUCAUGACCAUCCCAGACGACCCCAAAGUCAUCGGCUCCUUCGACCUCAACCACUUCUCCGUGCGCAUCAUGUCGGUGGACUACCAGGCGUCGGGACCUGGCCACGCCCCCUCCGCCUCCACGGGCCCCCGCCUCAGCUUCAGCGAAGACUCCAAGGUGGUCCUGGGCGACUCGGCGGAGAGCGCCUUCGCCUACGUGCAGCACGUGACGCUGUACGACCUGGAGGCGCGCGGCAUGGUGCGGCCCUUCUGCAUGGCGUACGUGUGCUCGGACCAGAACAAGCUCAUGGAGAACUUCGCCCGGCUGGCGGCCGGCUUCUCCCGAGCGUCCGAGAGCCUGAAGACGGGCAACAGGCAGGCCUUUUCUCUGGAGCUGCAGCGGAAACUACAGGAGCUUCAGUACGCACGCUCGACGCUGCUGGAGUAUGGCGAGGGAGGAAAGCCGGACGAAUUGGAAGCGUUGGAGCGCUCCAUCUUCACUCACAAAGAUCUCCUCCGCCAGGUGACUUCCUACCCAAACAGGAAGCUCAAACAGCCUGACUUCCUGCCUUACGACCCCGCCUUGACAGACGCGGCCGCAGCCCCGCCUCCUCUUCUGUCACCGCCCCGCCCCCGCAGGUCAGAGCGUCACCUGAAGUCAAUAGACGAGCUGUGCAACGCCUACUUCCUGUCACUGACGAGAGAGCAGCUGGCUCACACGGAGUACCGUCUCCGUGGCGACGCCGGCGCCCUGCGUAACGCUCACAUCGCCCGCUCGCUCUCCAAGAAGCUGCGACUCACCGACUUCCUCUUUGAGCUGUGGCGCCCGGAUGAUGAUGACGAUGCUGAUGAAGAAGAGGCGGAGGAGGAGAUUGGCGGCAAGGAAGCGUCGCUGAAAGCAACAGGAAGUCAAAGCCAGGAGCCGCGGUCUUUCUGCUCCUGCGUGGAGGAGCUGCCCAUCAAAAUGGAGGCGGGAGAAGUCGUGACCUCCGACCCUCAGGUCACCACGGAGACGGGAAGCAUCAGCAGCAACGACAGUAUCGAGGUCCUCGGGACGGAGCGCUCGUAUCGCACGCAGCGGGACGCCGACACCGCCUUCCACCUCCCGACGCUCGCUUCAAAGUCCGAGGCGGCGCCGCGGCGAGCGAGAGGAUACGCCAGACGAGCCAACAGCGAGGACAGCAUCGAAAUCCUGAGCACCACCGAGUCCAUCGUCCCCGAGGACCUCGCCGCCAUCACGGAGGAAGAGGCGGAGCGACAGCCUCUUAGCAACGGCCUCUCAGAAAAGUGGGAGGAGCCAACAGAAAUUAAGACCUGUGAUGACAAACUGUUUAGCGGUGAUGUCACGGUGGAGGUGGCAUCUUGGGCGAGGAGCCUCGCUGAUGAAGAUGGCCGCCUAGGGAGUAGUCCAGGUCACCAGACGCCGCCUGACCUCGCCAUGAACUUUAGCACGCCGCUCGACAUUGACCGCUGGUCGACCCACGCUCCUCUCCGGCCGCCCAGCGCCGCAGACGAGGCAUGGGACAGCAGCAGCUUCACCGGCUCCUCGGACCCGCCGUCCCCGCUGCAGAAGGUCCACGGCGCCGCCUCGGAUAAGACCACACGGAGGAAGGCGGGGCGGCGAGCUCUACGCUUCCUCAAGCAGAACUCCUUCUCUCACGACGCCGUGUUCUGUCUGCUGAGCGGCCGACCGCUGGUGGUCGUGAGUCGCGAUGAAGGUCUGCUGAGGAAGACUGUGGACGGACUGAGUCUCUUCCUGCCGGCGCCCGGUGUCGGCGUGGUGAUGCCGUGUCUGAGCACGCCGCUCCAGCUGAGUGACCUGCUCACCUGGAGGCUGAUAGGCGUCCACAGGUCGUCAUCCUCGCCGUCUUCCACCACGCUUCACUCCCUGACGCGCUACAGUCGCUAUCUGGGCCUGCUGGACUUGGACCAGAGGACGCUGCGCUGUCCGUCCUACGCUGGCUCGCUCAUCAAGACCCUGGCCGAUCGCUCCACCAACAUCCUGCGCGGAGCCACCUACCUGCUGCACCUGGAGAGCGGGCUGACGGCGCUGGCCAAUCGGGCUCUGCUGUUCACGUUCGAUACCGACGAGCUCCGGCACGGAAAAGACAUCCCGUCCGUGGCGGGCGACUUGACCAUAUUGCGUUACUUGUCGGACCUCAUCAAGCGGCACCACGCGGGACGCGGACCGCCGGUGCUACGCUUCUCCUACGUGCCGCUGCACGUCCACAGAAACACCACGACAACUUGAAAACUGCCAGAUCAAGAAUAUGCCAAAUAAAUUA